UAUUAAUAGAUAAGCCGUGAAGCAACAGGUAGACUUCCACUGUUCCACAUCUAUAUAACAUGUGUAUACAUGGCCUAAUGUUUUUAAAAGAAGGGCAAAAAGUACCAAUGGCUAAUGUCUGUAUUCCUUUAUAUUUUCUGCUCCUCAUACACCUAUUUGGUUAUAUUAUUCCUACAACUUCCCUUAAAAAAUCAGCAAUACCACCACCCUUGCCAAUUCUCCCACUUCCUUCAUACUCCCAACUAAAAUGGCAACAAAGAGAGAUCAUCAUGUUCUUCCACUUUGGUGUCAACACCUUCACUGACUCUGAAUGGGGCACUGGCCACGAAUCCCCGGCUGUUUUCAACCCGACUCAUCUGAACCCUGACCAAUGGUUCAAGGUUGCAGCUGAGGCAGGGAUAUCAUUGGCAAUUCUUACAGCUAAGCACCAUGAUGGGUUCUGUUUAUGGCCUUCUAAGUACACUGACCAUUCUGUUGCCCAGAGCCCUUGGAAACAGGGUCAUGGGGAUGUUGUUCAGGAGUUUGUUACUGCAGCCAAGGCUCAUGGAAUUGAUGCAGGGUUGUACCUUUCUCCUUGGGAUAGACAUGACAAGAGAUAUGGCAACGAGAAGGCGUAUAAUGAGUACUACCUUGCUCAAUUACAAGAGCUUCUAACCAGAUAUGGAGGUAUCGAAGAGAUUUGGUUUGAUGGAGCCAAAGGUUCUAAUGCACCAAACAUGUCCUACUAUUUUUGGGAUUGGUUUGCAAUGGUUAAGGAGCUCCAGAGUUCAAUCAACAUAUUUUCUGAUGCCGGUCCAGACGUCAGAUGGGUGGGAAAUGAGAAAGGAUUUGCUGGGAACACUUGCUGGUCUACAAUUAACAGGACAUCGUUGUCAAUCGGCAAUGCAAGCAUUGUUGACUAUCUUAGCACUGGAGAUUCUAAAGGAACAGACUGGUUACCACCAGAAUGCGAUGUUUCAAUUCGACCGGGGUGGUUUUGGCAUAAAUCUGAAGAACCAAAGAAGUUAAGUGAGCUCCUAGAAAUAUAUUACAAUUCUGUAGGAAGAAACUGUGUAUUACUACUAAAUGUACCACCAAACUCCAAUGGUCUCAUCUCCGAAAUUGACAUCAGACGGCUGACAGAGUUCCUAAGUGCAAUCAACACAAUUUUCUCUCAAAAUUUAACGCAGAAAUGCUUAGUAAAAGCAAGUAGCGAAAGGGGAGGAAAAGGAAGUAGUUUUGGACCAGAAAAUGUGCUCGAUCAGGACCACUUAUGGACUUAUUGGGCACCUAGUGAAGACGACAAAGAAGACAAAUGGAUUGAGAUAAGGGCGGAUAAUCAAGGGCUUAAAUUCAAUGUAAUCAUGAUCCAAGAGGCAAUCGGGCUCGGUCAGAGGAUCCAACGGCAUGAUAUUUACGUAGAUGAUAAGCGGGUUGUGAAAGGGACAACCAUAGGGUAUAAAAGGCUUCAUUGGUUGGGAGUUGGAGGUGUGCAUGCCAAGAGGGUGAAGAUCAGGGUAGUAAAGUCACGGGACUUGCCUUUAAUUUCUUCUGUUGGAUUGUUUUUUGACCCUUACAGUCAUCCCAAUGAGAUUUGAGUGAAAACAAGAAUUACAAAUGUGCUUUUUUCAUUGAUUUAGGUUAAUAAUGACAUCAUAAGGCAACAAAAUGUUUCACAGACGUACACAAAAUUAAUGGGAGCUUUGUUUUACUCA